AUGGACGGCCGAAACAAACGGCCACUCGAGGCAAGGUCUCCAGACGGACUCAAAUCUCUCUCACGCUCAAUCAGUCCACCCAGAUCAAAGAAGCAGAAGGGCACUGAAAUUUUCCCUUCCCCGUUUCGUCUUACCUGGGUUCGAGAUCUCGAAGAGGAGAACAAUAAGGAUGCCGUCACCCUUUCCGACUUGCUGGGCGACCCAUUGAUCAGCGAGUGCUGGAGUUUUAACUAUUUGCACAGCAUUUCUUUUCUAAUGGAUGCAUUCGACCGUGAUAUUAGACCACAUGUAAAGGUUCAUAUUGUUCAUGGCUUCUGGAAGAGGGAAGAUGGAAAUCGCAUCGGCCUGGUUGAACAAGCGGCACUGUUUCCCAAUGUAAACUUACACGCCGCGCCUAUGCCAGAAAUGUUUGGCACUCAUCACUCUAAGAUGCUGAUACUCUUCCGCCGGGACGACACAACUCAGGUGAUUAUACACACAGCCAACAUGAUAGCCAAAGACUGGACCAACAUGACGAAUGCGGUGUGGACAUCACCAGUACUUUCGAAGCUGAAGAAAGUACCAGAUGAUCCGUCAUGGCGGGAAGAUAUGGCACAAGGCAGUGGACACCGGUUCAAGUCUGAUUUACUUAGCUAUCUCCGAUGCUACGACAGGAUGCGGCCAACAUGUAACGCGCUGGUGGAGAGCUUGAAGGAAUACGACUUUUCUUCGGUAAGAGGAAGCCUAAUUGCCAGUGUUCCGGGAACACAUGAAGUACAUGGGGACCCCGGUGUCACAUCUUGGGGCUGGAAAAGCAUGAGCAAAUGUCUGCAGCAGAUACCUUGUGAGCCAGGGGUUUCGCAAGUGGCCGUGCAAGUAUCUUCUAUUGCGACGCUGGGCGGAAACGAUGGGUGGCUGCGCGGGACUCUCUUCAGGGCACUUUCGAAGGGCAAAGUAGCCACGGCGCUGUCACCACAGUUCAAGGUAGUCUUCCCUACGGCUGAUGAAAUACGGGCCUCGCUGGACGGGUACGCAUCGGGAGGAUCGAUUCACACCAAGAUACAAAGUAAACAACAGCAGAUGCAGCUCAAUUAUCUUCGGCCAAUUUUUCAUCACUGGAUGACAGACGAUGACUCAAGGACUGGUAAGCAAAAGCAGCGACUGUCAUCGAUGUUGCUGGACAUGUGCUCACGCUCUAUUUACUUGACCAACAGCAGGUGA